AUGGAGGCUUCCCCACCAGAAUGGAAAGGGGGAUUUAGGCCCAGGAGUUCUCUCGGGAAUGGCCCACUGCCUAACGAUGGAGUUGAUCGUACACCGACUGAGAGAUAUCUCUACAGAUCCAGAUCAUCGUAUAGCGUUGAUGGAUGGUCUCGAAAGUUCCACGCGUCUGACGGACGAGUACGAUAUAUGGAACGUAAAGCUUUAGGCCCGAUGGCAACAAACAGUAACACCUUCCUUGGCUUACCUUGCGAUCAUAAAGACCGAUGGCACAUAGGAGAGUAUCAUUGGACUGGUCCAUCACCUACGAGAUCUAAGCCUUGUGGGCAGAAAGUACCAUAUUACUUAAAUGGCUAUAGUUGUUCUUCGAAUUGGCUGCUCAAAAACUUGAUGACUUUAACCUAUCCAAUUAGAGAGAAUAUCUACAGACUUACCAUUACAAAACUGCCGUCCACCGGAUAUUCCCAUCUCUAUUGGUUAACUACAGACGAUCAAUUAGUACACCCCUUGAUGUACGCUGGCUCGGGCGCCGCAGCGGUAUCUCCAGAGUACGAGAGUAUUCCAACACUUGAAAACAUGGUCAGCUCAAUCCGGUGUUAUGUCGAGGGAGAGUUCUGUUGGAUAAGAGGAUUUGCCGAAGCUUUAAGAAGGCGACGACAUAAUGGCAGUCAGGAGGCGAAGGAGGUUUUGAUCGAUUUUCUGGGGUUCAUCAGCAUGCGCAUUAAAUCCUUAACAUGGCUAAAACGAAACAAAUUAUUCCACCCUUGCAUAAAGCACAUCUCUAUCGACUUUGAUUCUCUAGAUGAAUUCAACGUACCCUUUACGGACGAUUUCGUUUCCCUAUGCAGUUACAUAUCAUCAAAUCUCCCUAACCUUGAAUCUGUGAUCCUUUGGUUAAGAAUCACAGAAGAUGAUUUCCAAAGUGUCUUGAGAUCUCCCUUAAGUUUCUCGUGGGUCCGGUCAUUCAGAGCACUACCAGUUAGGAAGGUUGAUAUUUGCCCAAUGUUGACGAGUUACCAAUUAUCAACGAGAACUAGGAUUUUUAGGUUGAAAGGUUGCGUAGGUGCCAGGCUUGGUUACUUCUGGAAGGAGCACUCUGAGGCCGAUGGGGAACGAAGCCUCCUUGUCGACGAUGUGAACAAAGAGAGGGGGCUGAUUCAACAUAUAUUGACACCAGGCUCCAAGCUGUGGGGCUACAUCGAUGACAUUGAUGAUGAGACUUACAUCUCAUUACAGUACAUGGAGGGUUGGAACAGCUACACUGACGAUAUUGCUGACGACGCUUACAUCUCACUACAAUAUAUGGAGAGGUGGAAUGAUGAUCAACACGAAAAUCACCUGGCCGCACCUCUCGACGUUUCAAAAAGAGCAAGGCAAUUAUUGAAUCACCUCGAAGAGAUCCUCCUCGUCGUUUUCUUUCAGGUGGUAGCUGGCGAAGAUUAA